CCUCAAACAUGUGUCGACCACAGCCUGAGGCAGGCACUGAUAACCACCACAACACACACACACACACACCCAUCAUCACACACAUACACCCGUCAUCACACACAUACACCCGUCACCUCACACACACACAUGCCAACACACACACAGGUCACCACACAUAUGCGUUAACACACUGUACUGUAAACACAUUCCCAACAUGACAAUGUACAUUCACAUUCACUUGAGUGCACAGAUUUGCUGAUUGGAAGUGCAUGUAUGGAAUACACAUCAUACAUCUAAGAGAAACACACACACACACACACACACAGACACACACACACCGGCUGGCUGGUCUUAACUGCUUUGUAGUAUUUUUAGUCCUGUUAUUCUGGGUCUGGUCCUGUCCUGGCAGGGCUGGGGCGUUUAUAUAAACUCCCCCUGUGAGUGGGCACCACUCAGGACACACAGUGGAAACAUCUCACCAACAAACAGGCAGCAGGCAUUUUUCAAAUCCUCUCAGGGACGCCAUGUUUCCAGCAUAAUGUCAGCUGAAGUUGCGAUCCAAAAGUUCUCCUUCCCCUUCUCCUGCACUGCUCGUCUUCCUCAGCACGACGACGUGACCCAGGAAGGAUGUGUGCAGGUGAAGACCCUGGAGCUGCGAGACCUCCCGGAAAACCCUGUCAUAAGCAAAUCCGGCAAACCUGAUCUGCUCUCAGGAACCGGGAUGCAUAAAUUAAACCCCGCCCUCGAGUCUCCCAUGCCUUCUGUUAACGGGCUGGGCGUGUCUCUGGCUGGGACCCCAGUCAGGGUCUGCGCCGAAACUCCAAAGGAUGCGUUGACCUCCAGGAGAGGCGUGUUUGAGAAACUAUUGGCGGUGGAGAGCGAAGACCAACGUCCGGCCACCAAGAGACAGUUGUCCUGUGAGAGCGCCGCCAAGACCAUCAGUGUCGUGAAGAAGAGUGCGGUGAGGAAGGAGGUGGAGGAUCAGAAGUGUCCGCGGGUGAAACCACAGCUGGGUCUGAGGACCUCAUCAAGUGCUGCAGCUCCAGUCAAGAGAAAACGACGAAAAGAUCUUUUCAGCAACUGUGAGGUGUUUUACAGAGUGGACACUCACGUGAUCAGGACGGGGGCCGAGCUGAAGGAUAAGUGUGUAUACGAUGUGAAGACCAUCGUCCAGAACAUCACACAGGGAAGCAGGACUGACCUGGAGAGACUUCGUGCCAUCUGGGUCUGGCUCUGCCACAACAUCGAGUACGAUGUGAGCGGCUAUCUUGGACGCUCGGACAAGUUAAGUUCACCUGAGGAAGUGAUUGCUGCCGGCCGAGGUGUGUGCUGCGGAUACUCCAGCCUCUGCACGGAGAUGUGCAGAGAGGUUGGCAUCGAGUGCCAGGAAGUGCCAGGCCACAGCAAAGGCAUUGGGUAUCGUCAGGGCCAGAGCCUCAAGAAUGUGAAAUCUGAUCACCUGUGGAACGCUGUGCUGCUGGAAGGACAGUGGUUCCUGUUGGACGCCUGUUGGGGGGCAGGACGAGUGGACAUGGAGCAUGAAAGCUUCAUCAAAAGGUUUGAUGAUUUCUAUUUCCUGACCGACCCUGAGGAGUUCAUCGAGUCACAUUUCCCUGAUGAGGAGAAAUGGCAGCUCCUGGACUCACCCAUCCCUUUGGAAGAGUUUGAGAGAAAGGUCUUUAAGACGUCAGCCUUCUUCACCACGGGCCUGAGACUGAUUCAGCCUCAUCACUAUUACAUCAUCACAGACUCAGGGGAAGCGAACAUAUCCCUGGGCUUCUCCAGACCAGCUAUCUUUACCUAUGAGAUCACACAGCACCAGGAUCUCCUCCACUGUGGAGCCUCAGAGCAGAAAGAGUCCAUCAACUCUUCUUUUGGCUUCCUGACAGUUUCUCAUCGUAGCAUGAAGCUCCAGCUUCUACCUCCAGCCAGUGGUACCUACGACGUGAAGGUUUUUGCAAGACCCGAAGCGGCCGUCACGCCUUUGUCCUGGGUCUGCUCCUUCACAGUUGACUGUCCAACUCCCCGGGCCAUGGAGGAGAUCCCAGAGAACCCGUUUUUGUCCUGGGGCUUGCAGCCCACGGCAGCAUCUCUGGGCGUCACAGGCAGCAGCCACGGUAGUGAGGUGGCUGAAGUGGAGAACGGUGUCUUUGACUUGGUGUUGAAGACAUCCAGGUCUCUGAUGAUGGUGUGUGAACUGGUUCACACAGAACUGGAAGCUAGCGUAGCCAAACGCUGCCUGGUGACUCAGAUAAAGCCAGACGCUCUGAUCUGCCACGUCCUCUGUCCCUUCCACGGCUUUUACCGAUUAUCGGUAUUUGUGCGUGACUAUGAAAAAACAGAACUCAAGUUCCAGAACGCCACAAACGUCCUCCUGCACUGUAAAGGGAAGGUGGUCGCAAUGGACGAUCUCUUCCCUCCCAACCUGGGAUCAGCUUGUGGUCCGGGAACGCGCACGUCUGAGGCGGGGUUGUCCAAAUUCAGCCACACCACGGCGGUAGUGAGCACACAGCAGGGUAAAUGUAACAUCACCUUCCACAAUCAGCAGGACUUGGAGCUUCACACUGUUCUGAGCCGAGAGGAGAAAACACCGGCAGAGAUUCCACUGUCACGAUACGUAUUCUGUACGUACACAGACAGCAAGGUGACGGUGAGCGUCAGCCUUCCUGAGGCGGGGGUGUACCGGCUGGGUCUGUACGCCAGGAUGGCCCCCGGGGCAGAUUUCAAUCCCAUGUGUGACUUUGUUGUGAGGAACAGCUGUGAUCAGCCUGGGCCUCCGUUCCCCUGCGUCUACUCCGCCUGGAGGAAAGGCUGUGUACUCUUUGAGCCUCGCGUAGGCCUCUUGGCGCCUGUGUCCUGGGUCCGCUUCAGGGUGAGGGUCCCUGGGGCCCAAAGAGUGAGUGUGGUGGGUGAGACAAAAACGGAUCUAAAACUGAACAAGAGCAGGGUCUGGGAGGGUGAUGUGUUCAGCGGGAAUGGUCACCAGCAACUGAAACUGGCUGCGUCCUCAGAAGAAUCCACUGAAAUGUCGGUUCUAAUGAUAUUUGACACCAAACAGCCCGAAAACCAACCAUAGCAUUAAAAACGGUAAAGGAAACCAACCGGUUUCAUCCUGGGACGUUUGCUGAGCUGGAGUUACAGGAGCUCCAGUCAGUAGUCCUCACCCACUGUGCUCGACAAACCUCGGUCCAGUUCUAGUUCCUACGGUUGGGAUCUUGUUUCUGGACUAAGCCUGAAACAACAACACUAUCUUCUUCACCUGUGUUAUAAGCUAACGUCACACUUGAAGUGUGUUUCCGUGACCAGCACCUCUGUCUGUACUGCCAUCUGAUGAUGGUCAACUCUGACUGUAAAUACAUGUGACUGUGUAGGUGUGUGACGUGAAUCUGGACUGUGUAGAGAAGUUCAAUUCUGGUGCUGAGUUGUUGGUGCUAUGCUGAGAGGAAAUCUAUUGUUUUUGUGCUUCAUCAUUACCUUCAUUAUCAUUAUUAUUAUUAUUAUUCAGUUGUUUGCAGGUAAAUAUCUUUGUGGAAUUAUUCUUUCUCUCUGGGUGUGAAAUAAAAAAA